AUGCCGGAGAACGAGAACACACUCAGCCCAGCUGCUCUAACCAGGCUGAUUGCUGCUUGGACAACAGCAAGGGGUAAUCAAACCAGUCAUCCCACUACCAAUCAAACCAACGGGCCCGCCACCAGUCAGAUCAGCCAGCCAGCAAUCACCAAGGCUAAACCUCCCCAGCGCGUUUCCCGUUACCGCCUGUCACUCCUCGCCACGUUUGCAACCGUGGUGCUCAUUACAGUCUACGUCUUCUUCCAAUCUGCUCGAACUCCAAAUGCAGUCCCCGACCCCAUCGCUCCGGUCCAGCAGGAAGAAGCACCUCCCACAAGAUUCCCUUCUCAGGACCCUAGAUAUAACCGGAUUUCUAUUACCGCCCGGAACAUCGAUUGGGCAGCGCAGAUGCACAACGUCCACUCCUCUUAUCAAGACGUUACAAUCGAGGGGAAAGCGACUCGGGAGUUCUAUGACUUCCGCCCACGGCCAGGGAAGGCAGCCCCACGUGUCCCGUGGUGUGGAGAGCUCAAGGUUUCAAUAUGCAUCCACCUCGUCAAGCACAACCUGAACGUGUCCAAUUUGCGGGAACAUUUCGACGAACUGAUCCACGACAAACACGUCUGCUUGGAUCAUGAUCAGCAGUUUAACAACCUUUUCCACCCUCGGUUUGAAGGAUUAGUCAAGAGGAUGCUCGGGAUCUUACAAGACACAGGGGCAUGCAAAAGAAAAACAGGUGGUGGCCCUGAACUGGUCUACCAGCCUUACACCCGGGAAUGGACAGGUAGCCACGACGGACGGGGGAAAUGCAGGAAGUUCCUCGAGGACAACAAUGUCGGUCUUAUAUUCCGAGAGGUCCCUUCCUCGCCGGAUGCCGCAUACGAGGCAAAUCCUGAACAUAAUGGCGAGGAAGGGAAAAGUGAGCUCCCCACUAGGCCGUCUACCGAAUCCCUGCGUACCGAGAUUUUGAGACUUCGGGUUGCGGACCCGGACAGGCUUAAGGAGGUUUGCGAGGAGGAUCCGAGGGUCGUCGUUGCGGCACUCAUCAAGAAAAGUGGCAUAAGUGGCCUGCCCCUGGACCCGGAAUUGACGCCGCUGAUCCCCCUUGACAAAAGAGACGAGUGGCAAAGGCACCUCGACCAGCGAGCGAAUGAUGCAAGGGCUGUCCCACAUCACUCGGCGGAGACCAAAACCACGAAACCAUCGAUAUCCUCCACAGGUCAAGGGGAACCCAUGGCCGCCUCAUCGGCGGAGAAUAUUCCUGGCGCCUACCCAAACACCGAACAGCCCCCCUCAGCCCUGCUACAGUUAACUUCCUACCCAAUAUUGGCCGCUUCCACCGCUUACACGACUGACUUUCGCCGCCAUGCUCGAGUUCCUACCACGGUAUCCCAGCAGUCGCUGGGAGGUAACAUUGAACCAGGUGGCUCCGACGGAGGCAUGACCCAAACAACGGCAGCUGCACACGCCCGGGUGACCCGCGAGUUGCCGUCAGCGGUGCUCGAUCAAGAGCCAGCGUCCACGUCACGCACCACCCUCCACCCUUCUCAGCUGUCUCAGGAGCAGUUGAAGUCUCGGAUCCUGGCUCUGACUGACAGGAAGGUCAAGCUAGACAGAGAGGCGGUUAAGGUCGCUUGCGAGAUUGACAUACUAUGGGCAUAUUGGCAGUUCAAAUCUACCUAA